GCCCAGGCGACAGAGCACCUCCGAGGUGUCCGCUGCGGAAAAACUUUUCCGAAAGAUGUCGCGAUCCUGUCUUCCGGAGCCAGUCAGAAACAAUUUGAUAGAUGAUGCUAAGGCCCGCUUAAAAAAGCAUGAUGCCGGGACCAAAUACUCUCACUUGCCGGGUAAUAAGUGUUCCAUCCUUUUACCAUUGUUGGCUAAAGAAGGAAAACUUCAUCUGUUGUUCACCCUCCGGUCAGAGAAGCUUAGACGGGCACCUGGAGAGGUAUGCUUCCCUGGAGGAAAACGCGACCCUACAGAUGCGGAUGACGUGGCCACAGCCCUCCGGGAAGCCCAGGAGGAAGUGGGGCUGCACCCUCAUCAGGUGGAGGUUGUCUGCUGCCUGGUACCAUAUAUAUUUGAUAGAAAUACACUGAUCACACCAGUAGUUGGGUUUGUAGACCACAACUUCCAGGCCCAGCUGAAUCCUGAUGAAGUUAAGACUGUGUUCCUGGUGCCUCUGGACUAUUUCCUGCACCCACAGGUCUACCACCAGAAUGACCUGAUACAGGGUGGCCAUCGUGUUCUUUUUCACUGCUUUGAGUACACAAACCCUGAAGAUGGUGUGACUUACUGUAUCAAGGGAUUUACUGCAAAAUAUGCUCUGUUUGUUGCCUUAAUUAUUUUGGAAAAAUACCCCACCUUUGAAGUUGAAUUUAAUCUUAAUGACCUAAUAUCAUCCUCUGAAAAAUCCUUCCUACCUCUUCAUAAACAUGCAACAAGCAAGUUAUGAUUUAUGAGACCAACAUCCAAAUAACUAUCGAAGCAGCUUUUGUGUGUGCGCAUCCGCAGAGCCACCAUAAUGCCAACUGGUGGAAUUUGACAGGUGUGAAUAUUUUUCCUACAAUAUGAAGAUAAAAAAACCUGGCCUUGUUUUCAGUUGCCCUCUGUUUCCUAUGAGAGCAAAAGUCUUUGAAAAGUGGAAAAUGUGUUUAUAGCAUUGCAUAAUUUCACUCACAGUAUAUUACCACUGUUUUUCUUACACAUGUAAGAAAAGAAAAUGCAUCUGACACACAGU